UUCUCGUCACCACUACGAAAUUUACGUUCAUAUUCUCGAGAAACAAACACACAUUUUCAAUCGCAAAUCAAGGAAAUGGCUCGUACAAAGCAAACAGCAAGGAAGUCCACCGGAGGCAAGGCGCCACGUAAGCAGCUGGCCACGAAGGCUGCUCGCAAGUCAGCUCCAGCGACCGGAGGAGUGAAGAAGCCUCACCGUUUCAGGCCUGGAACUGUAGCCUUGAGAGAGAUCAGAAAGUACCAGAAGAGCACAGAGCUUUUGAUCCGCAAGCUUCCAUUUCAGAGACUUGUGAGAGAAAUCGCUCAGGAUUUCAAAACUGAUCUAAGGUUCCAAAGUAGCGCCGUCGCGGCUCUUCAAGAGGCCGCUGAGGCCUAUCUCGUUGGUCUCUUUGAGGACACAAAUCUCUGUGCAAUUCACGCAAAGAGAGUCACUAUUAUGCCUAAAGAUAUUCAACUCGCUAGGAGGAUUAGAGGUGAGAGAGCUUAAGAGAAAUGUUCUGUAUUGAAUCAGUUUGAUAGAGAUUUAGAAGGUCUGAAUCUGUGCUCAUUGCUUGGGUUUCCAAUUUUUAAUUCUGACUAUGUAAAUCUUUUCGAAUUUAAUGAAAAAUAUGGAUCUCUUUAUCAAAUUUGUUUAGCCCUUAAUCUGAAAAUGAGCCUUGGAUUUGUCACAGAUUCAAAUCUGGGUUUUAUUUGACAUUUUGUGAUCUCAUUA